GACGCUCUGUCAUCUAAACCGUCAGUCUGUAAUAACGGUAGCUAGUGUGUGUGUAUGAGACUGAGAUGACUCCCCGCUCUCACACUUAAGUUUGCCGCGGAUGGACAUUCACGAUUGAAUUAACAUGAUCACCCCCAGAGGAAGAACCUGGUUUGUGAAUAUAUAACCAGUGGAUGUCACUGUGAUGGGCUCACUAGGAGUAAAACCAUUCUUCAUACGUGAUUGGGUAGAUGUGGCAAAUGAUCUACUCAGCAAGUGUCACAUAAGCCUAAGGCUGAGGAAACUGACAGACUGUGAUGCAAAUGUUUUCAUUGCGCUGUAUGAAAACAUCCUGGGGGAGAAAGUUCCAGAUUACAUUGCAGCACCAUGCAGUCAAGAAGAUGACGUCCAUAAUGUUCAGUCUGUGAUUGAUUCACUGUCCCUGGAUUACCUUCAGAUCAGUCUCUCACACAUUACAGGAGAAAAUGUUGUCAGAGGGGACAAAGAGUCCACUAAGAACCUCCUGGAAAUCUUCGAUGGCCUCCUGGAGUAUCUCAAGGAGGAGAUAAGCGAGGAGUCACAGAAUGGAGAGGAACUGAAUGACAGUCUCAAUGAGGACCUCCCUGGUGCAGCCAAGGAGCCGACAAGCUGCAAUGACACAGAGCAUAAGAAGACUGAACUGGAUGGAGCAUCUGAGUCUUCCAGUGGAGAGUCCGCUGUCCAUUCCAGUAAACAUUCCCUCCAUACCUGGAAUACUGAGGAGAUGGGAUCAACUAAUGAGCUCAUCGGGCUGGGAGUCUCGGCACGCACAUUCAACCCCAAACAAGAAGGACUGGCUGUCCCUCCCCAAACUUCAGAGGCAGUCACCACCUCUGGUCCUCUGGAUGCUCAGGAUGCUCCACUGACUGAACCGCUGCCCUCAGCCAUCGCCCUGCAGCCACCCAACCAGAGCGACACCCCCCACCGACCUGACACAGAGCCACAUUCACCCAGCCACUCCCAAACAGCUGCUGGCCUCAGCCAGGGGAAUGCAGGAGAGGAAGCCGCUCCUGUCACCACAGAGAGCUCUAAACCUGUACCUGAGACAGUAGUUACCAAUGGACUACAGUCCCCUCCUCUUAUCCAGUCUCCUGCUGCAAGUGAGAAAUCUUUGUCAAGUCAGCAAAGAGCCGGGACAGAAGUGGAGGGGGAGACAAUAGAGCCGACUAAUGGGGGCCCUAGGCGGGUUUUAUUUCGCACAAAGCCAGAUGUGCUCUUCCUCAACCUGCAGGAUGAGAUGGCGGUCACAACCCCUUCUCCACCAGACACUGAGGAGGAAGAGUUCAAUGAGGAGGAUCUGAGUUAUCCACAAAGACAACCAGACAGAAGGGUAGUCCACAGAGACAGGAGAGGCAUCAGUAGCAGGUUGGAGGAGGAAGAUUUAGAGGAGCCUCUGUCGUAUCGCAGACAGAGGAACAAGAAAGCAGAAGAGGAGCUGCAUCACUUAUCUGAGAAUCUCUCCCAUCGACUCGAGGAACUUGAUCAGAUGCUCAAACGAGUUCUGGGUGAAAGUGGAGAGUCCAGUGAUGUCAGAGAAGAGGACAAGCAGUCCCACCACAGUGACAGCAUCAUGGAGUGUCGCAGGACUCCGAGACAACACACGAUUUCAGGAACACCCGACGUUGAAUCCCCCCACCGGACACGCUCCUUGUCCCCCUCCCCUCCACGCGUCCGUCACUCCAUGCAGGGACAGUUGGAAGGUGCCACGGCCUUGAGUCUGGAUGAUGGGAGACAAACCAACCUUGCCGUUUCGGAUUCUUCGAGGCGAGGAGAGCUACACCACAGACAGUCUCACAGAAAACAUCGAAAGUAUCUGGAAAAUAAGGCUUAUGAAGAGGAGUUGAAAAGAUAUGAAGACAAAAAACGGGCAGAUGUAGACAAGGCACGCCUCAAAGCUCAGGAAGCCGAGCGCCAGUACAGAGAAGCAAUACUGAGGGAUGUUUCUGACGCUCCCAGACUGUCCCCAGCUGGAACGAAGGCCCAGCAUAGGUCACAAAGGACCACACAAACCACACCAGGACGGAGAUGGCAGGAGGCCCCUAGAAAAGCUCCAUCAAUGAAGGUGAAGGAGAAUGAGCUUCUCCCUGUGCUCCUGGAGGAGUGGCCUUACCUUCACAUCUCCCCCCACACACUGGGUCGGAUGUGGGAGCAGCAGAUGCAGCAGGUGGACAGACUCCACGCCCUGUCAUCCUCUGAUAGCAGGCGUCGCAGCAAACUCUCCAGCCAGGUGGAGGAAGCUCAGAGGAAGCACGACCUGCUGGUGGAGAUCAUUCGCAAAGAGCAAGACCACAACAGGCGUCUGAGGGACUUCAAAGAGCGUAUCCAGCAGCAGAAGUCGACCCAGAACAGACUGAGGGAACAGAGGCAGCAGAUAGCACGUGCCAAGAAGUACCACAACGACUACCACGUCCAGCACCGUGCCCGCCUAAUGAGGGCACGCACCAAGGAGGAGAGGAUGUUUCGACAGCUGUUUGAGGAGGGUUUGGAGCUACAGAAAGUCCGGUUGAGAGAGCAGAAAGCCUACGCCAGGGAGCAGCGACUGGAACAUCAGAGACGACAUGAGGACCAGAUCAAGUCCAUGGAGAACUACUACAAAGACCAAUUUUCACUACUAGCUGAAAAACUUGCACAAGAGCGACAGGAGAUCCAGGUUCGCAAAAAAGCUCAAGAAAAGGCUCUGCUGAAGAUGAAGCGAGAGCUGCGUUCCAGGAUGGAGCGUGAGAUUGGUGAACUGCAGAAGAUCAUCAUUCAGAAUGAUGAGGACGACCAUUUCCAGGACCUGGAGGUCCAGCGGCUGCGCAAUCGGGUCCAGAUGGCUUCUUUCCAGUACAACACUAGCUAUCUGCACUGAGCAGGGAUGUGAGACACAGGGCUGUUUUAAGCUCCACUCAACCAAGGAUGGAUUUACAUCAGAAGAACAUGCUGCAGAAGGCUUUGUUUGUGCCAUUCACAACUAAGGGUACGACAUUCUGGCGGCUGAACAGUCUCCACGGCAUCUUCCGUCAGAUUUGCACAGAAGAGGAAAUUCACAUUGUAAGAACUGAUGAUUACUGAUGAACUGAAAACACUCCGACAAAAUGUAGCUUUAGCUAAUUUAGCUAACUCUUCCUCUCACCUCAGCUGCUAUACCUGAACUUAACGACACCUUGGACCAAGUCCCCUCUUCCGUGGGUUUUAGUACUUGAUAACUAAGAAUGUUUUAAAAUGGCUCCCUCACUGUGCAGUCUUAACGUGCUGAUAUUGUAGCAAACGAUUAGUAAAAAAUGUUCUUCCUCUUGCCAAAUAGGGACCACUGAUGCAAAGUUAAUAAGUAUGAAUGUCCCACACUGAAUGAUUUUUAACUUCCAUUUUUCCCUGGUGUAUGUGCGAUGUCUUUCUUUUAAUGAUUUAACCAUGCCAGUGGAUUAUUUAUUUUUUAACUUUAAUAUUGUUUGAUUUUUAAUUAACCUGGUGUUGUCUUGUCUGAUCACCAGGGGCGAUGAUAAUCAGUCUUUCGUGACUCCUUCUCCUCAGCUCCAUUGUGAUUGUUUCUAAUUCUCAGCCAGAACUAAACACAUGGUAGUUUUAAACCAAUACAAAGAGUUGCAAUGUUAAAACAGUGUCUACUGAUAUUGUGCAUUGUAUCUAAUGAACACAUGAAUGCCCCGUCAUCAUCAUCCAUUAAAUGUGUGGGCUCCCUCAUCUCCUCCAACUAGAA